AUGUCAUAUUAUUACGAUGUUAUAAAAUUAAUGACACCUACUACUACUACUACUACUACUACUACUACUACUACUACUACUACUACUACUACUACUACUACUACUACUACUACUACUACUACUACUACUACUACUACUACUACUACUACUACUACUACUACUACUACUACUACUACUACUACUACUACUACUACUACUACUACUACUACUACUACUACUACUACUACUACUACUACUACUACUACUACUACUACUACUACUACUACUACUACUACUACUACUACUACUACUACUACUACUACUACUACUACUACUACUACUACUACUACUACUACUACUACUACUACUACUACUACUACUACUACUACUACUACUACUACUACUACUACUACUACUACUACUACUACUACUACUACUACUACUACUACUACUACUACUACUACUACUACUACUACUACUACUACUACUACUACUACUACUACUACUACUACUACUACUACUACUACUACUACUACUACUACUACUACUACUACUACUACUACUACUACUACUACUACUACUACUACUACUACUACUACUACUACUACUACUACUACUACUACUACUACUGCUACUAACAAUAAUAAUAAUAAUAAUAAGGAAUCUUAA